AUGGUCCUCGAAAGUGCACUCGAGGUCGUCUGCUCAUUAUUUGAUACAGAUCUUGAAGCGGUAAAGACUGAAGCUUUGAAUCUUAUUGCUAAACUAACCAAGAAAGUUACCACCGACAAUCUUGGAUACCUACUAAGCUUAAAAGGUAAUCUCACCCGCUUGCUAGCCCGUGUACAAAAGGCAAAAGACGAAAUCGAAAAAAUGUUAGAUGAGGACGAAGACAUGGCAGGCUUUUACUUAACAAGGAAAUGGCACAAGAACCAGCAAGCCAGAUCUAGAGAUGAUGUGAAGGAUCUGGAGAUGAUGCUGGAGGCAUACCUAAUAGAGAUGGACUGGACAAGAUUCAUACAGUGA